UUAUAUUUCAAUUUUCUAGAUCAGCACGUGCACAGUGUUGUGGAAGACGUACAGAUGGAGCUAGAUCGGAAGAAGUGGGUUGCCGCGCAACAUGUGGAGCAUCUGUACAGCGGUGACAAUUUCAGACCGCCCAGAGUAGUGCUAGUCUCCUCAAAGAUCCCGAAGUAUCAUCUUCUCACAAAAGUUUACAAUGAAGAUAUUAUACCGAUUAUAUAUGAUUUUGACUCGUCUAAAUUCACAGAAAUAUUAGAUGAAAUAGCAAAGAAGUUGAAUCACUACAAAAAGAAUUGUAAGGCGAAAUCUAUUAUGGUGCUAUGCCAGGGUGGCCCUGGUUACAUUUAUUUAUUGAAGAAUUUUGCAAUAACGCCACAGAAGUUGUACAAACCCUCAUACCGCGCUGUUGUAGGGUUUUGGCGAGCAUUGGCGGGAAUGAUAAGCAAACUAAACCCUCAAGAUGCUGCAAUACAUAUAUUUGGGUUCAAUCUCACAGAAAACGAACAGGGCAAAAAGAUCCUUCCUAUGUUACAAAGCCUUAUGUACCCUAACCUCGUAAAGGUAGAAGUUGUUACAGAAGAUACUGAGACAGGUAGGGCUAUACUCGGAUACUACUUCAAAUACAGUCGGUACCAGGUGUGGAAGUCAUACCAGAAAUCUAGUUUCAAUGAAAUAGACUUUAUUCAGGAGGAGACUGGACCCGUGAUACGUCAUUACAAAGGCCCUGUUUUGAGGGUUGCAAGAUGAACUAUAGGAGACAACUUUAAACAGAAUAAUGCAAUAAUUUUUCUCAUCUUUGACGCUCUUUACCAUGUGCAGAUCGAAAACGAAUAACAAGAAGUAAUAUCUUUAGACAUGAGUGUCUGACACAAAAACAAAAUAUGUGUCAAGGAAUAGAUUUACUAUUUAAAAGAGAUCUUGUAAACAGGCAGAUACAAAAAUUAAGAGCCUGAGUCUGUGUCCGCUGGUUUCUUCGGAUAACUAGACACGUUACAGCAAGUUAAGACUUACAUUACUGUUACCAUUAUUGUGACACAAUAUUCAGUGUAUUGUAGUUACAUUUUAAUUGAUUGUUUUGUUUUACUCGUUAUUUGUUAUAAUAUCUGUUUUGUAAAUAGUUGAUAUGAACAAAGGUUUUCAUGUCUU